UGGUUAGGCAGUUGAGCGGAAAAAAUGUCGAGUUAGCCAUUACGAUUCUGGAAAAACAAGGCAAAAACAAGGCAAGGACUUGUGCUCUUACGCUCUCUCUUUCUGUCUGCAAUGGCGGAUUCUUCUUUCAAAUGCAUCCGGUUGUCAAGGUGAAACUUAAGCCAUCAAUCCAUAACGAUGGAUUGGGCUUUUGUACAUAGAACUUGGGAAAAGUGGGUUUCUAAUAAUGUUGGUUCAUCUGGAGAACCACUGAAGGCGGCUUUGCUUAUUAAUUACGAUCCAACUGGACCUUCUCGCUUGCUUUCUAUCAUAGCAGAGCAGCAUGGAAUGAAAGCAAAACCUUCUGAGUUGAGCCCAUUUCUUGACUUCAUUAAGCGCAACAAUCUACAGGGCGAGUGCUUUUUCAUCGGGCCAAACGUUUAUAUGGUGACAUCAAUUCACGAGAACUGGUUCUGUGCGAGGUGUGUAAACACAUCAAAACCAGCUGGUGAAGGUGUUAUUGUUAUGCAGACGACAGCAUAUAUAUUGGUUGCACUGUAUGAUGGCUCUAUUGGUGCUGCAUCUCGUGCAAUGGUGGUUGUUGAUCAGUUUACCUGGCAACUAGCUCGUAGAAAUCUUUAACUUUGCAUCCUAUAAAGUAACAGCAUCUACUCUUUCCAUGAAUUCUGUAUGAUGUGCCAAUAUUGGAGAUCCCUCUCAUUUAAGAUGUGUCUAUGCUCCUUAAUACCUUUUCCUUAUUUUUCCUUCUGUAGUAUGCAGGCUCUAUAUACCACCUACAGUCUUCCACGUGUUCAUAUUUUAAACCCAUGUCUGCCAAUGAAGUGGCAUUUUUUUUUCUUUUUUCUUUUUUUAAAUCUAUUGUUACAGAGGUCUCAAAUGUGUACCUGUAGUGUUAAAUUCUGAUUUUUUUUCAUAGAAAGUACUAAAUUUUGAUUUA